CAAAACGCCAACUUUGAUUUGGCUUGGAGAAUUUGGACCUCAUAAGUUUGUUUGGUUUAGAUUCAUGAUUAACUUUAAAAUAAGAAAAAACUUAGAAAAUGAGAAAAAAUUAAUAAAAACACUUUUCUGCAUUCGUCAUGAACUCAAGCAACAUUUGUCGUCCUUGAAUAUUGAACUGGAAUUGUGAAAAAAUCCAAUUUUAUCGGAUACCCACUUGCUUUUUCUUGAUUUGCUCUUGUGGGUAUCUCUUACUUUCUUCAGUUAUUAUCUUUUUUAAUCUCGGAAUAAAAUUGUGUUUUUUUUUUUUAUCUAAAGAAUUUUUGUGGUUGUGGUGGUGGAGAUGGUGGUAGCGUUAUCGGUGGUGGGUUCAGGGGUUGUGGACUCACAUGCAGGGCCGUGUCUGUGCGUGGAGGCGGCGGCGUUGCGGAAGAGUGGAGGAAAGCUGUGGUUGCAGAGGAGGAAGCAGGUAAAGAGGGGAUUGGAAUUGGGGAGUUCGCUUGUGGAUUCAUGGGAGGAUUGGAGGGUGAGUUCGAAUGUGAUUUGGAGUAGGGUUUAUGGUAAGAAUUGUAUGAAAAAAAUGAAGCAGCAGAGAAGAGAUGGAAGACUUGUGAUUGUUAAUGAAGUUGCUGGUCAGUAUGAAGAUGGCUUUGAAGAUGUGAAAAUGCAAAUCCUUAACUAUUUCACAUAUAAAGCAGUGAGGACUGUGAUGAACCAACUGUAUGAGAUGAAUCCAACGCAAUACAGGUGGCUUUAUGAUUUUGUUGUAUCAAACAAGCCUGGGGAUGGCAAGCGGUUCAUCCGAACUCUUGUAAAGGAGAAACAAGAUCUUGCAGAAAGAGUGAUGAUAACACGCUUGCAUUUAUAUGGAAAAUGGGUUAAGAAAUGUAAUCACGCUGAAAUCUACAAAGAGAUCUCCGAUGAGAACCUGGAGUUGAUGCGAGAACGCCUCAUUGAGACUGUGAUAUGGCCCUCGGAUGAUACAAAUACAGAGAAGAUCGGCUGACGAUUGGCACCGAAAUGGAGGCUUUCUGGGGGUUUUUGUUCUUGGUGUUAGACUAGUUAUAACUUUGCUUUGGUUUCAUCGCCGUCAUUUAUAUUAUUUUUUUAGCUGGUGACUAAACGUAUACUGUGAAAUUGUGUACAUAUGAAUACCACUCAUCUCUUCAUAUGGUCUGA